AUGCCUGCGCAGUGGCCGGUGGCUGUUAACUUCUGGGCGGACCCCGGCGAUGCACAGGCUACCACAUUCUUGCAGUCUUUGGCGCCUUAUAUGCUGCGCUUGGGGGCCCACGUUCGUUUCCAGACAAUCUAUAAUGUUUUCUCUCUGGAGGGAGGAUCCGAAGAGCUCUGUCUAUCGCAGGGACUCUAUGAGAAAUACCCGCGGCUCUAUUGCUCCUUUGAGCCCAACGCACAAGUCCUUGGCCUCACCGGGGGCCAGAAGCAUUCCGUGGAUUUGUGUAUGGCGGAUGAGAGCGGACGCCGGCUGCUGGAGUUCUCUAAGAAUAACCGCGGCUGGUCCAUCGUCGCCAUGACGAUCAACGGGGCCAGAUACAGCGGGCAGCUUGCUCCUGAGCCGGUCCUUAGAGCCAUCUGUUCCGCCACGGUUAAUCCCAUGACAAACAAAUACAGAGCUGAAGAAUGUAACGAUAUCGUCGUGUAA